CUAGGGUUGAGUGAUGGCUUGACAGUACCAUUCGCCUUGACUGCCGGCCUAGCGGCUCUGGGUGACACGAAGAUUGUGGUAUUCGCUGGACUGGCAGAGCUUAUGGCUGGAAGUUUGAGUAUGGGUAUUGGAGGUUACUUGGGAGCUAGUGGUGAAGCCCAAUCUGCAGCAACGACGAAAGCGAACACAAUCGCAAUGGUGCACACUUCGCCUGCUGAAGCGAGGGCCGCAGUAGCAUCGACACUAGAAGGCUAUAUCUCGGAAACUCUGCUAGAUGCUGUGGCAGACGACAUUACUGCGAAUCACGACAAGACCAUUGCUUUCUUGCUGGAACAUCAACAUCGAUUUGAAUCUGCUGAUGUAUCGCCGCGGCUGUAUACGAGCGCACUAUGCAUCGCGUUUGGAUACUUCUUCGGUGGCUUAAUACCUCUUUUACCAUAUAUCUUCUUUGCUGAUGGAACAGUCGCCUUGAUCUGUUCUGUGAUAGUGAUGAUGUUCACACUAUUCGGAUUCGGCUUAGGGAAGACUGCACUA